AUGGCUAAAGUUUUCGCUGCCUGGAGUCCAGCUUCCAGUGCCCCAGAGAGUCCAGCUUCCAGUACCCCUGAGAUUCCAGCUUCCAGUGCCCCAGAGCCUCAGCCACGUGUCUCCAGAGCCGCAGAGCCUCAGCCACGUGUCUCCAGAGCCGCAGAGCCUCAGCCACGUGGCUCCAGAGCCGCAGAGCCUCAGCCACCUGUUCUGGUUGGGCGCCGUCUGUUUCCUGUUCCCGCUGAGCGUCGUCUGGUUCCUGUGCCCGCUGAGCGUCGUCUGGUUCCUGAGCCCGCUGAGCGUCGUCUGGUUCCUGAGCCCGCUGAGCGUCGUCUGGUUCCUGAGCCCGCUGAGCGUCGUCUGGUUCCUGAGCCUGCUGAGCGUCGUCUGGUUCCUGAGCCUGCUGAGCGUCGUCUGGUUCCUGAGCCUGCUGAGCGUCGUCUGGUUCCUGAGCCUGCUGAGCAUCGUCUGCCUCUUGUUCCUGCUAAGCGCCAUCUGGCUCCUGUUCUGGCAGAGCGCCGUCAGCCACCAGUCCCGGCUGAGCGCCGUCUGCCUCCUGUUCCUGCCAAGCGCCUUCUGGUUCCUGUUUCGGCAGAGCGCCGUCAGCCACUAUUCCCGGCUGAGUGUUGUCUGCUUCCUGUCCUGCCUGAGGCCAUCCCGGCCCCAGUUCCUGGUUCCCUGUCGUCUGAGGCUGUCCAGAGCCCUGUUCCUGGUUCCCCGUUGUCCGAGGCGGUCUGGAGGCCUGUGCCUGGUACCCCGUUGUCCGAGGCCGUCCAGACCCCUGACUCUUUGCUGGAGGCCGUCCAGACCCCAAAUCCUGACUCUUCCCUGGAGGCUGUCCAGACCCCAGAUCCUGACUCUUCCCUGGAAGCCGUCCAGACCCCAGAUCCUGACUCUUCCCUGGAGGCGGUCCGGACCGCAGAUCCUGAUUCUCUGCUGGCGGCCAUCCAGACCCCAGAUCCUGACUACCUGCCAGAGGCCGUCCGGACCCCAGAUCCUGACUCUUUGCCGGGGGCCAUCCAGACCAGAGCUCCUGGUUCCUCGUCUGUCGCCAUCCAGACCAAAGCUCCUGGUUCCUCGUCUGUGGCCGUCCAGACCAAAGCUCCUGGUUCCUUGUCUGUGGCCGUCCAGAACCGGACUCCUGGUUCCUCGUCGGUGGCCGUCCAGACCCAAGCUCCUUAUUCCUCAUCUGUGGCUGUCCAGACCUCUGUUCCUGGCUCCCUGUCAGAGGUCCUGAGGGAGACCUCUGUUCCUGGCUCCCUGUCGGAGGUCCUGACAGAGCCCUCGGCUCCUGGCUCCCCGUCGGUGGUUCUGACCCCCAACUGUGUUCCUGGGAUGCCCCUGGGCCGCCCUCCUGAAUCCUCGUGUCCUCCUGGGCUGCCCCCUGGCCGCCCUCCUGAAUCCUCGUGUCCUCCUGGGCUGCCCCCUGGCCGCCCUCCUGAAUCCUCGUGUCCUCCUGGGCUGCCCCCUGGCCGCCCUCCUGAGUCCUCGUGUCCUCCUGGGCUGCCCCCUGGCCGCCCUCCUGAGUCCUCGUGUCCUCCUGGGCUGCCCCCUGGCCGCCCUCCUGAAUCCUCGUGUCCCUCUGGGCUGCCCCUGGGUCGCCCUCCUGAAUCGUCGUGUCCUCCUGGGCUGCCCCCCGGCCGCCCACCAGAACUCUCGUGCCUCUCUGGGCCGCCUCCAGGCCGCCCACCUGAUCUCUUGUGCCCCUCUGGGCCGCCUCCGGGCCGCCCACCUGAUCUCUCGUGCCCCUCUGGGCCGCCUCUGGGCCGCCCACCUGAACUCUCGUGCCCGUCUGGGCUGCCCCCUGACAGCCCACAUGGACUCUUUGGCCCUCCUCCAGGCCCCCCUCCCACCCACCCUGCUGUUUGA